GGGCAUGGGGGAACGGUGGGAGUGAGGGCGCGGUUCCCGCCAUGGCCUGCACCAUCGAGAAGGUGCUGGCGGACGCCAGGACGUUGCUGGAGCGGCUGAAGGAGCACGACACCGCGGCCGAGUCGCUCAUCGACCAGUCCGCCGUGCUGCAGCGCCGCGUGGCCGCCAUGAGGGAGGCAGGCGCGGUGCCGGCCGAGAAGGCCCCGAGCAGCGCGGCGGAGCGGGCCGGCGCGCCCCGUCUGCGGCCACACGUGCUGCUGCCGCAGGAGAACACGCAGAUCCGCGACCUGCGGCGGGAGAACAGGGAGCUGUGGAUCUCCCUGGAGGAGCACCAGGACGCCCUGGAGCUCAUCAUGAGCAAGUACAGAAAGCAGAUGCUGCAGCUGCUGCAGGGGAGGAAGGGCGAAGAGACAGAGCCGGUCUUGGAAGUUCAUCGGGAGAACUGUGUGAAAAUGGAAAGCCAAAUAAAUAGAAUAUUUGAGAUGGGAGAAGUGAUGAGAAAAGCUGUUCAAGUUGAUGAUAAUCAGUUCUUUAAAGUUCAAGAGAAACUAGCUCAGUUGGAGCUUGAAAACAAAGAACUCCGUGAACUUUUGUCAAUCAGCAAAGAGUCUAUUGAGGUGGGGAAAGAAGAUCUGCCUGAUGAUGAUGCUCAGGUUUCAAAAUAAUUCAGUUUCCAAGAAUACCAGGAAUUGAUCUAAGGAAGGAUGGUUUGUGUUUUGUUCUUUUAGGUGUUUCCUUGUAUGUAUGUCUUAUCUUUAAAGAUGUGUGGCCUAUAUUCUCUCUUUUUUUUCUGAAAAUAUAUGCUGUGAUGACAAAUGUUUGUGUUGCUAGUCAGUAAGUGCAGCAUAUAAAUGUUUAAUGAAGUGUUUGCGAUGAUCUUUGCAACAGUUUAUUUUGUCUCAUAAAUGUUGUUUUGGAUUAACUUUUAAGAAUUCCAUCUAUGCAGGCAACAUUUUAAUUAUUUCAGUUGAUAAAAGCCAUAGGAGAUUAUUUGAAAAUCAUAUUGUAAAUGGCAGACACAGACCUUGCUUUCCUCUGAAUGCCUAACGUGAUCAUAAUGUGGCUGGGUUAACAUAGCUAUUGUGAAAUACACAGUUUAUAGGAAGCAAAUCAAGAGAGUAGCAGAUAAUUAAUAGUGGAUUUCAAUUAUUCAAUUAGUAACUUGUACAAGGGACAUAUUUUGCCUUAAUUUAGCAGGGAAAAAUCAGAAUGAUUAGCCCUUUCUGACACCCCCACAUGUCAGUGUAGUGUAUUUGCCCAGUGUUGUGUUUUUUAAGUGAGUAAACCUAUUCUGGCUCUUACCUGUGCUGUGGGGUGUAUGGAUAUCGAAUAGCUCUGAUCAGAGGCUGUCAAGGCAAUAAAGACUGGCUCUGAUCUUAGAGGGUUGUGUUCUCUGCUAUCUGGCACCCCUCUAGACUUUGGGCCUCAGGAAGGGUCCUGAGCUGAGGUCCAGCUCAAAACUGUUAAACUGAAACCAACCACAUAAAUAUUUUUUUAAUAUUAUAUCACAGGUAAGUCUAAUGACAGAUGUUACAUAGUUAUUUUAAAAUCUCAUACUGAGUUAGCU